GAAACAGUAGAAAACAAAAAGCAGAAAAAAGAAAAAGAAAAAAGAAAAAAGAGAAGAAACAGAUAAAUCAUUGGAACUUAGGUGUGAACGGAACAAAAAAAAUUCUCCGAAUUUCUUGAUCAGAUCGACGAAACGAGGAGCCCAAACAUGGAUUAAAGUUGUUAAUUUUUGUCCCGGAUAGGAAUUGUCGCGCUUUCUCUAUCUAGGAAUUUGCAGGAUUUGAUUGAGUUCGGGGGAAAAGAGGGAGUGGAUUGGGUUCGCAACUAUUUGAACUUGGAUGGAGCCCCGAGUUGGGAAUAAGUAUCGCCUCGGCAGGAAAAUCGGGAGCGGCUCCUUUGGGGAGAUCUAUUUAGGAACUAAUAUACAGACGAAUGAAGAAGUAGCUAUUAAGCUUGAAAAUGUGAAGACGAAGCAUCCCCAAUUACAAUACGAGUCGAAAUUGUACAAAUUGCUUCAAGGAGGAACUGGGAUUCCGAGUGUUAAAUGGUUUGGAGUUGAAGGAGACUAUAAUGUGCUUGUGAUUGAAUUGUUGGGGCAUAGUCUUGAAGACUUGUUUAACUUCUGUAGUAGGAAACUGUCUUUGAAGACCGUUCUCAUGCUUGCGGAUCAGAUGAUUACUCGGGUUGAGUUUAUUCACUCUAAAUCUUUCCUGCAUCGAGAUAUAAAACCAGACAACUUUCUCAUGGGAUUGGGGAGACGUGCCAAUCAGGUUUAUGCCAUAGAUUUUGGACUUGCCAAAAAAUAUAGAGAUACCUCGACUCAUCAGCACAUUCCUUAUCGAGAAAAUAAAAACUUGACCGGGACAGCCAGAUAUGCGAGUAUGAACACACAUCUUGGCAUAGAACAAAGUCGCAGGGAUGACCUAGAAUCACUUGGAUAUGUUCUCAUGUAUUUCCUAAGAGGAAGCCUUCCCUGGCAGGGGCUGAAAGCCGGAACCAAGAAACAGAAGUAUGAUAAAAUCAGUGAGAAAAAAGUUUCAACCUCGAUUGAGUCUCUAUGCCGUGGAUAUCCUACCGAGUUUGCUUCUUACUUCCAUUAUUGCCGUUCGCUUAAAUUUGAUGAUAAACCAGAUUAUGCCUUUUUGAAGAGGAAUUUCCGUGACCUUUUCAUUCGUGAAGGUUUUCAAUUCGAUCAUGUAUUUGACUGGACAAUUUUGAAAUAUCAGCAGGCUGAUUUUGCCAGCCCUCCAUCUCAUGCUCUUGGAACUGCUGCUGGGACAAGUUCAGGGAUGCAACUCGCCAACAUUGGCAGACGACCAGGCCGUGAUGAAGAUGUCACUCGUGGUUUAUCUGCUAAUGCUAGUCAUAGCAGAAACUUUCUGAAUUCUGGGAGCUUUUCUAGACAAAAAGGUGCAACUACAAAUGACUUCACCAUGGGUAAAGAACUAUCGAGUUCUAACAUUUUCCGGCAAGUUGGAACAUCAAGGCGGCCUACUGUCUCCAGCAGUCGUGAUCUGGAGAUUUCUGCCAAUGGUGGUAACGACCAUCCUUCCACCCGCACAGCAGAUCCUAGCCCGAGAAAACAGGGUAAUAGCUCCAUUGCAGCGCAGAGAAGCUCACCGGUAGUGCCAUCAGACCGUAAGCGCUCAUCUUUUACAAGAAACGCCUCGAACGUGAAGAGUUUUGAGUCCACGCUCAAGGGCAUAGCAGGCCUGAAAAUCGGCCCCGAUGAGAGGAGUUUUGAAAGAGCUCAGACACAUACACAGAGUGAGCAAGAUACGGCAAAACACGGGACGAAAGCGCGGUCGAACCUCGUUAUGUUGUAUCAGCAGUUUAAGAGAAGAGGCGGUAGUCUUACUAAAGAUAUGCUUUGAUUUCUUGCUUACUUAUUACUCUCUCUCUCUCUCUUCCUGAUUUAUUUGUCUAUAUAAAAGGGGUGUGUUUAUAUUCUGUAAUUGCUUCAAAUUCUUUGCCAAUUUUCGGAUAAUGUCAACACUCAAAUAUUCCUGUGUUAUGAUGUGUUCUUGAGCAUUA